GAGGACAUUCCUUGUUUUUGCUCUACCCAGCCCACCAUGCAGGCGUUCGCGUGGCAGCAACGAACGGCGUAUUUCUUUUCCGCUGGCGUUCGAGUCUCACAUUCUCAGCAACGCCGCAAUCUUCAGUCGGUUUUCGUAUUUCCUCUCUGAUCUUCCCAUCGGCUCCAGAUCCAAUCCGAGCACAGGAGCGGAGAAGGAGAAACGAAAAGAAAAGAGAGCAUCCAAUCUUUUCUUUUUGUCCUUGUGUGAAUCAUGGAGCCAGGAAUUGGAGGAUCGGCGGUUCUCCGCUUGGCGCUGGCCCUAGCGGUGGCCUCUCUCUUGGCCUCGCCCACCCGAUCCCUCCACUUCGACCUCCAAUCGGGCAAACCCAAGUGCAUCACCGAGGACAUCAAGCUCCGCGCCAUGGCCGUCGGCAAGUACACCGUCGUCAAACCCGACGGCUCUAGCACACUUCCCGACUCCCACCGCAUCACCGCCCGGAUUUCGUCGCCCAAUGGGAAUGUCAUCCACUCCGCGGAAAAAGUGGAGUCGGGGCAUUUUGCUUUCAAUGCGUUGGAGGCUGGGAAUUACUUGGCGUGCUUUGGGACGCCUGUCCACGAGCCGCCCGUCACGGUGACGCUCGAUUUGGACUGGAGGACCGGCGUCGCCACCAAAGACUGGACAAAUAUUGCUAAGAAGGAGCAUCUUGAUGUCAUGCAGCUGGAGUUGUUUAAACUGAGGGAUACCAUUCAGUCAAUCCAUGAUGAGAUGUUCUCUCUUCGUUCAAGGGAGGAAGAAAUGCACGAAAUGAACAUAAUAACGACUUUUGGGAUGGCAUGGCUAAGUUUGCUUUCACUCGUUGUAUGUUUAUCGGUGGCAGGCUUGCAGUUCUGGCAUCUAAAGACCUUCUUUGAGAGAAAGAAGCUGCUCUAAUCUUGUUUUGAUCACAUUAUGUGCCAACUCAUCAUUGUUGUAUCGGGUUGAAGGACACUCCCGAAGGAAUUUUUCUUUUUACAAGUGGGCCUGAGAACUGCAUGCAUUGGACUUGCCGCAUGUAGUCUUACUUAUUUGGACUGAAAGAUAUAUGCAACUGAACCUUGGUCACUAAACCUGCUCACUUAACAUGCUUCCCGUUAA